AUGGGAGCUCCGGCCUCUGCCGGGGUGACCUCGACGGCCGCGGCAGGCCAGCCGACUCGGUCCUCGAGCACCCAUCCGUCGCACUCCCACAACGUACCCCUGAGUGCUCGCAGGUCCGCACCUCUUGAUUUGUCCACUGUGGAACGGCGUGGACAGCCCAACAACCCCAGAGAGCCAUCCAAGCGCAUUCGUCCUCAUGGCAUCCCAGAAGCCCCGACUUUCCGUCCAACGGAGGAAGAAUUCAAGGACCCGGUCGCCUACAUUCAAAAGAUCGCCCCCGAGGGGAAAAAGUAUGGAAUUUGCCGAGUGGUUCCACCAGAGGGCUGGCAACCGACUUUCGCAAUUGAUACAGAGCGAUUUCACUUCAAGACCCGUAGACAAGAGCUCAAUUCCGUCGAAGGAGGUAAGGGCUCACCUGCAGCAUAUCAGACUGCCCCAGCUGGUAAUAUCACACCACAGUGCGGUCCUGACUCUCAUUCAAACAUAGGAAACCGCGCGAACAUGAACUACGUCGAUGGACUUGCCAUGUUUCACAAACAGCAUGGGACUAACUACAGCCGGCUACCCAGCGUCGACAAGCGACCGUUAGAUCUCUACAAACUCAAAAAGGCAGUAGAGAGUCGUGGUGGGUUUGAAUCAGUGUGCAAGACGAAAAAAUGGGCGGAAAUUGGUCGUGAUCUUGGAUACAGCGGCAAGAUAAUGUCCUCAUUGUCCACUUCGCUCAAGAACUCCUACCAGCGCUACUUGCAGCCGUACGAGGAAUACUUGGCCCGGGCCAAGCCCGGUGUCCAACAACAGCUUGAGCUUGAGCACGGUGGUCCAUAUACCCCUUCGCCCCUACACUCCCCGUUGACUCAGAAGCCCAUGUUGGAUGAAAAUGGCACGCCUUCUAAAGUUCGCGAUGAGACUCCUAGCUUGCCUCGAAUGGCCGCUUCACAUACCCCAAUGGCGUAUACUCCAGUGGCACAUACUCCAAUGGCACAUACACCAAUGGAAAGGUCCCCGGAGAAGCCAACACCCCCCAUCGAACCUACUCCUCCUCCCUCUUCACGCCCAGCAGCCGCAGGCUUUACUCCCGUCAACUCCGGCCUCGGUGGGUUUACCGCCGUGAACCACUCCCCUUUCACACCCGCGAACAACGGCCCGCCAAUCAAGCGGGAGGGAGAGAACGGCGCCUCGACACCCAAAGUCAUUUCCGAGCAGGUUUCUGUCUCGACACCUGUAAAUGGUCAAGAAGAGGAGUCUCUGAAACGUGCUAUCAGCCGCGAAGACAGUUCUCAGUGCGAAAAUGGCGAUGACGAUGAUGGAAGCGGUCGACGCAGCAAGCGUCUCAAGAAAGAUUCACUCCCAACAGUUGCAGGUUCUCAUAUGUCGCUUCUUCGCCCAGCCCCGGUUAAAUCGCGCAAGGAUGGCUCCCAGCCAGCUGGAGAGGUAGGCGGAGGAUCGUGUCAGCCUUCUAAUGAUAUACUGAUUCAUGAACAGAAAUGCGAGACUUGUGGCAAAACGGACGAUCAAGGGUUGAUUCUUAUAUGCGACGGUUGCGAGCUUGGGUAUCACAAGGCGUGUCUCGAUCCGUCUACUACCACGGCAUCCGAACACGACUGGCACUGUCCCAAAUGUUUAGUCGGCACAGGGGAAUUCGGGUUUGAAGACGGCGGUGUUUACUCACUGAAACAGUUCCAAGAGAAGGCCAACGAGUUCAAGAAGAAGUACUUUGCUUCCAAGAUGCCCUUCGACCCGGUUCUCAACACGCAUCGACGUGAAACCGAGGACGAUGUGGAGGCUGAAUUCUGGAAGCUCGUCGUUGAUCUACAUGAGACAGUUGAAGUCGAGUACGGCGCGGACAUCCAUUCGACCACGCAUGGAAGUGGAUUCCCAACUAUUGAACGGAAUCCUCUUGAUCCAUAUUCGUCAGAUCCUUGGAACCUGAAUGUCCUUCCUUUCUAUGGAGACUCGCUGUUCCGUUACAUCAAGUCCGAUAUCUCUGGUAUGACCGUCCCCUGGGUCUAUGUGGGAAUGUGUUUCUCCACUUUCUGCUGGCAUAAUGAGGAUCACUACGCUUAUUCGGCCAACUACCAACACUUUGGUGCUACCAAGACCUGGUAUGGAAUUCCAGGUGCUGACGCAGAGGCCUUUGAGGCGGCCAUGCGGGAUGCAGUUCCGGAGCUUUUCGAAGGCCAGCCCGAUCUGCUUUUCCAGCUUGUCACCUUGAUGCCACCAGACAAGCUUCGCAAGGCCGGCGUCAACGUUUAUGCGGUGGAUCAGCGAGCCGGUCAAUUUGUGCUCACGUUCCCUCAAGCAUACCAUGCCGGCUUCAAUCACGGCUUUAAUUUCAAUGAAGCAGUCAACUUCGCGCCUACGGACUGGGAGCCAUACGGUGCAGCAGGUGUUGAUCGUCUUCAGAACUUCCGCAGGCACCCGUGUUUCUCCCAUGAUGAAUUGCUUCUUACCGCUGCUGCGCGUGAUACCUCUAUUGCCACUGCCAAGUGGCUUGCGCCUGCACUAGCAAGAACCUGCGCUCGUGAACUGGGUGAUCGGGCUGCUUUCCUAUACCGGCAAAAGGAAGUGUCUGCUCGCACCCCAGGCUUUGGUCCUGACUCCAUGGCGGACGAUGCGCAGCCGAGAUUCGUAGUUGAGAAUGAAGAUCUUCCCGAGGAUGAUUACCAAUGUCAACAUUGCAAGGCCUACGCUUACCUCACUCAGUUCCGUUGUCAUAAAUCAGGCAAGACUAUCUGUUUGUCCCACGUUGACACUUAUGACUGCUGUGGGGAAACUUUGGCUCAGAAGCUGUGCGGUUCGGGACAUACCCUCCGUUAUCGCAUGAGUGAUGAUGAAUUGCAGGCGCUUGUGCAGAAAGUCCAAGAACGGGCCAGAAUUCCCGAAGCAUGGUCUGAGAAGCUCGACAAGACCCUGGAGGAUGAACCGAAGCCUCAGCUUAAGGCCCUUCAUAACUUGCUCAAUGAAGGUGAGAAAAUCCCAUACCACUUGCCAGGCCUUCAAGAUCUUGCGGCCUUCGUCCAGCGUUGCGAUAAAUGGGUUGAAGAAGCCAACAACUACAUUACCCGGAAGCAGCAGAACCGGAGGAAAAACGAGAAGGCUUGGCGCAGAGGCAGUACCAAGGCGGCGCAGCUGGACGAUCGCGAUCGCGAAGUCCGCAGAAUUGAACAUAUCUACGCCCUUCAGGCAGAGGCUGAUAAACUUUCGUUCGACUGUCCACAGAUGGCGGCGUUGGAAGAGAAAACCCGCGAGAUCGAGAAAUUCCAACAGGAUAUUAAUACUGCUCUGAUGCACCCGCACACCCGGCCUCUCCAGGAGAUUGAAGAACUGAUCGAACGCGGCAAAAAUUUCAACGUGGAAGUCCCGGAACUGGAACACCUAGAGCAAGUUUCCCGCCAAAUCAAAUGGAUUGAACAAGCUGUGCGCAGACGAGACCAAUACAUGACCCUUACCGAUUGCCGGGAACUUGUCGCCGGUGCGGAGCAGCUCGGCCUCUCCGAUACCAAUGAACAUCUAAUCCACUUCAAGGAACUUGCUCGUCAUGGCGAUGCGUGGGAAAUGAAGGCCAAGGAAUUAAUGUCUGUUGAAGCCGUUCACUAUCAGCAAUUAGAAGCUCUCUCUGCACAGGCGUCUCGUUUUCCAGUUUCACCUGAUACUCUCGCUGCCGUCGAUGCUAUAUUGACCAAGCAGCGUGAGGCACAGAAAAGGAUCCAGACUCUAUAUGAAAAGAGCAAGGAUCCGGAGAUGAAGAAUCGGCCCAAGUACAAGGACAUCCGUGACCUCAUGGAAUCUCUUGAGCAUUUGACGAGUCGACCCAUCGGGGCGAUCGACUUAGAACGCGAGCAGAAGCGUCAUGAAGACUGGAUGAGAAAGGGGAAAAAGCUAUUUGGCAAGGCGAAUGCUCCUCUUCACAUUCUGAGAUCCCAUAUGGAAUACGUCGAGAAGCGGAAUUCGUACUGUUUCGACCUAGAGGACAGUUACCGACCGCCUGUGGAGCCUUCGUCUCGAGACAACUCGCCGGAAGGUUUGCUUGAGAAUCCUGGCAAUCCCAACAACAUGUGGGGCCCAAAGUCACGGAAGCGAGAUGUGUUCUGUAUUUGCAGGCACUCUGAGGCAGGAAUGAUGAUUGAAUGUGAAGUCUGCCAUGAAUGGUACCAUGGCAAAUGUUUGAAGAUCGCUCGGGGUAAAGUGAAGGAAUUUGACAAGUACACCUGUCCAAUUUGCGAUUGGCGUCAAAAGAUUCCGCGCGAUGCUGCUCGGCCUAAGCUUGAGGAUCUGCAAGAUUGGCACGCGGAGAUCGCAACUUUGCCUUUCCAGCCUGAGGAAGAAGAGGUUCUUGAGAGUAUUAUUAAUCAAGCGACAGCCUUCCGUGAUUUCCUGCAAGGCUUCACCAAUGCUGCCUGCACAACCACCGAGGAAGUUCCCACUUUGAUAUUCUACCUCCGCAAAAUCGAGGGCGCUGAGGUUCUUCUCACCUUUGAGACGAAUUUCUUCCGGCAGGAGAUCCAUAAGUGGGCACCCGUCGCACCGGAACCCCCUCCAAUUCUGGAGCAAUCUUUGUCGACACGAAAGCCGCGACCGACCAAGCAGCAGAAAAUCAUGGCCCAGCUUGGGGUAAAUCGUCCAGAGGAUCUCCCGGAGCAUCUUCGCCCCAAGCACAUUGGCUUAACCAAACGGAAAUCUUCCGAUGCUCAACCACAGUCGGCUCCUGGUCAACCUGCAUCCAUGCAACCAGCACCGCCGACUUCUAGUACUCCUAGCACGGGUCCAACUUUGGCACAGAUGCCAGAUCCAAAUGCCGCACCAUAUCCAUUCUCCGCGAACUAUUCUUUGCCUGCAAGCGAUUCCACACCCGCGUUUGCACCUACCUCCUCCUCGGCUUUCCUCCCCCACGCAGCCGCUUCGCAAUCCCCCUCAUUCCUGCCGCGCUCUCCUCCCCAGCCAGACCUGGAAACCUCCCUUUUCAGUCCUCCGCGAUUUGGUCAUGAUCCUCAAUUCGCGAGCAGCAGCCCUCGUCAGAACCUGGAUGACGUAUUUGCGGACCUGACCAACCAAGAGAUUGACCAUGAAGCUGAGACCCAACCUAUGGACAAUACUCAUGCUAAUGAGGCCCUGGAGGCCCUCGUAGUUAGCAAUGGCAGUAGUCGUGCUGCUUCUGUUCAAGGGGAAUCGGUUCAAAAUGGUGAACCUGGUGAACCGCAAGGUGAGCCCAAAUUCGACGGCGCCAGUAGAGAGCUUGAGGACGAGGAACUUUGA